AAAAUUUUCACUUUCAGAACUGCUGAUGAAAUAAGCGACCCGGUAUGGGGUGGAACACGGUUCUCUGGAGCGCACUGUGGUUGUUAUGUACACACACAGUCGCCUCCCCGCGAUCCGACAACCUAUCCUUCGUGAGAAGUGCCGUGGAGACGGUGCCUGAACAUGACCCUAUACCCGCGCCUAUACGAGCGUCAGUGGAAAGCAUUCCUCUCAGAAGUCUUCGACAUGAAGGGGAUAAAAGACUGCCAUUGCGUGAUGCGGUAGAAAAGAGACCCAUUGCUGUACUAAGCGAAGAAUCAUUGCACGUAAAUGUUGAGGACGUUGAAGAUAUUCCAGCAGGAGAUACGGACAAUCUCAGACAAUAUUAUGGCGCGGCUAAUUACUUGAACAAGUUCCAGCUAGGAAAUGCUAAUCUACAAGAAAUGCAGCAGACGCCCACUGGUCCAGCAACAAAGAGACUGAUAGUGUGCUACAUGGAGUCAUGGGCAGCAUACCGGGUGCCUCCCCUCGCGUUCACUGCCAGCCUAGUACCCCGCACCUGCACCCACCUCCAUUAUGCCUUCGCUGUAAUGCAUCCGCACACCUAUGCUUUGAUGCCGGCAAAUGAAGAUUAUGAUUUGAUCAAGGGCGGGUACCGGAUUGCGACAGGUUUAAAGCGAAGAAAAACAGGCCUAAAAGUGAUGUUAAGUGUCGGAGGCGACGGAACCGAUCGGCUGUUCAGCGAAAUGGUGCAGGAGUCCAAUAGACGAAGCAACUUCAUAGACAGCGUAGUGAGCUUCUUGAGGGAACACGACUUUGACGGUCUCGAUCUUCACUGGGUUUAUCCAGGUGAACGAAACGAGGAAGAAAAAGACAUGUUUACAUCCCUUUUGUACGAACUGCGAGAGAAAAUGUCGCCAUACGGACUUCUACUUUCUACUGUCUUACCUCCAUUCAGGUAUCAGAUCGAAGACGGAUACGACCUAGCUGCCGUCAGCGGCGCAGCCGACUACGUGACUCUGCAGGCGUGGGACAUGACGCACGGGAAACGGGACGAGCCUCCAGCGAAGGCUGUCCAGCAUAGCGCCCUGCACCGCGACCCCGGCGCUGCGUCUAGGGACCAGCGAUACGACAACAUUGAAUUCAUGGUUAAAUACAUCCUUCGUCAUGGCAUGGCUCCCGAGAAGCUAGUGCUCGGUGUGCCUUUGUUCGGCCGGAGCUACACUCUGGCGAGCUCCACGCUGCCUUCGCCCGGCGCCCCAAUUAGCGGUUGGGGCCAAGAGGGACCUUACACGCAAACUAAAGGACUACUAGCUUACUUUGAGAUAUGCAUAGCUGAACGCGAAGGGAAAGGAGUAACCGGGACCGACGAAGCCGGUAAUGCUUACGCCGUUUUUGAUGACCAGUGGGUUACAUAUGAUUCACAAACAACUAUUGCCGAAAAGAUGAGAUUCAUCAUGAAUUUAGGCUUGGCUGGAGCAGCGGCCUGGGCUAUAGAUAUGGAUGACUUCCGUGGACUCUGCGGCUCGCCCUUCCCCUUACUAAGCACGAUUUCAACAAUGUUAAGCAAUGAACCCGUCCAAAGUGAUCAGUCUUCCUUAAAAAUUGGUUCCUGUGAGUCGAUGAUGCCUUACCUGGCGUCGGAUGAAGAUUCUUGCGCCCAUUUCCACUUCUGCACCGGCGGUAUUAACUUCAGGAUGGUUUGCGAAGAUGAACGUCUCUACGAUCCUUCCACGGGCUUCUGCGGACACCAGGAUGUUACCAAGUGUCUACCGGGUCAAAGCCUUAGGAUCAGCGUGGAGGAAGCAGCACGAUUAUUACCUCAUGCAUAUGAUAAUGAUUUCGAGUGGAGUGAUCAAGUAAAUCAUGACAUGAUGAACAGAGAACGAGUUCAAUUUAUUUCAAUAGCUGAAAAUUUCAAAAAGAGUCCUGAAAACAACAAACGAGUAGUGUGCUACAUGACCAGCUGGGCUUUCUAUCGGCGCGGCGACGGUAAAUUCGUUCCAGAGCAAAUUGACACCAGACUUUGCACACACAUAGUUUACGCUUACGGGUCAUUGUCACCGGAUGAGCUCGUCGCUAAAGAGUUCGACCCAUGGACUGAUAUCACCAACAAUUUAUAUGAACGUGUAACAUCUCUGAAAGACGUGACAGUCCUACUAGGAUUGGGAGGGUGGACAGACUCUGCCGGAGACAAAUAUUCGCGCCUUGUAUCCUCGAGUGCUGCCCGAGCUAAGUUUACAGAAAAACUCGUGUCUUUCCUACGAAUGCACAACUUCCGAGGUCUUCACUUAGACUGGAACUAUCCGGUCUGCUGGCAGAGUAAUUGUAAGAAGGGCGCAGCAUCUGAUAAAGCGAAUUACGCAAAAUUAAUACAGGAACUAUCAAAAGCUUUGCAUGGCGCAGGAAUGGAGUUAGGUGUAGCGAUAUCCGGCUAUAAAGAAGUGAUAGAAGCGGCAUACGACCUAACUACUAUUUCUAAAGCCGCCGACUUCCUAAGCGCCAUGACUUAUGACUACCAUGGUGGCUGGGAAAGCACUACUGCGCACCAUACGCCGUUGGUGCCUUCACCGAAGGACAAAAUCCCGUACUACUCUAUCGAGUACGCCGUGAAAGCUCUUAUCAGCGGAGGCGCAGACCCAAAGAAAAUACUUCUAGGUUUGUCGUUCUACGGCCAGACGUACAGACUCGCCACGAGUGGCACCAGUGGCCCGGGCUCUGCAGCAUCCGGCCCCGGCGAGCCCGGCGAGUUCACCAAGCAGCCCGGCAUGAUGGCCUACUACGAAAUUUGUUACCGAGUUAAAAAUCUGCGAUGGAAAACUGGACGCCAAGACAGAGCCGGUCCCUACGCGUAUUCAGAAAAUCAAUGGGUGGGUUAUGACGACCCGAAAUCCAUAACUGAAAAGGUAGAAUGGGCUAUGCGCCAAGGUCUGGGCGGGGUGACGGCAUGGGCUAUGGAUCUGGACGACUUCAACAACCGUUGCUGCGGGGAGCCGUGGCCGCUGCUGCGGGCUGCGGGCCGCGCCCUCGGCCGGACCGUACCGCAGCCCGCCGACGCCUGCGAACGCCCGCCGCAGCCCGUCACGCCGCCGCCGCCUACAACAACCACCGUUGCGUCUGAUGGAUCCGCCGGCGGAGACCACGUCCACCCCGGUCAUGACUAUCCGACCACGCAGACUACCUGGCCCGCUUGGAAGCCAGAGAGCACUACUGCCACCACGGCGCAGACCUGGUGGUCUCAGCCCACUACCAUGAAGCCUACCUCCACAACACCUACGACCGCGCAAACGUGGUGGUCGCAGGCUACCACUACUACUAUGAAACCCACUACUACAGUCAGAACAACUACUACAAGAAGGACGACCACUCAAUCAUCACAAUCUGCGGAAGGUAAACCCUGCACUGCGGGCGAAUACCGUGAGGCAGCAGGCGAUUGCGAAAGUUACCUCCAAUGCGAAGGUGGUGUUUGGCGUAAGCAUCGCUGCGCGCCCGGCCUGCAUUGGUCCGCCGCUACUACGCGCUGUGACUGGCCCAGCUUCGCCAAGUGCUCAGCGACUUCAAGCAGCGAAUCAACUACAGCUACAAGUACACUCGCACCGAUUACGGCACGACCCCCGCCGAGACCUACCACUACCACCAGACCCCCUACUACCACCAGAGCUACCACUACCACCAGACCCCCUACUACCACCAGAGCUACCACUACCACCAGACGCACUACUACGACUACGCGUAGACCAACUACUGAACCAGCAAGUUCUGGGGAUUUCAUGGAUGGAACACCAUGCAACGGCCAAACAUACAAGUCCGUAGCAGGAGACUGUAACGCAUACUUGCACUGCGACGGCUCCGUGUGGCGCCGGCAGCGCUGCGCCCCCGGCCUUCACUGGAGCCCUAAGCAGAACUAUUGCGAUUGGCCCAAAUACGCCAAGUGUGAAAGUUUGUCAAGCACUUCGGCUGCCUUGCCGACCCGAACAACUACUAGAAUUCCAACCAGACCCCCUACCACACCUCAGCCAAGCAACGUCCCCGCCGAAGACAGCUCGUGCAAAUCCGGCGAGUCGAUGACGUCGGCCAGCACCUGCGACGCGUACUUGCUGUGCGUGAGCGGCCGCUGGCGCAAGCAGCUGUGCCCGCCCGGCCUGCACUGGGACAAGCGAACCAACCGCUGCGAUUGGGCUGAAUUCGCCAUGUGCGAUGGCGAACCCGGUGCAACGAAAUCUCCGCCUACAUCCACCAAGAGACCACAGCAAUGGACCACCUCAAAGAAGCCUACUGAAAACCUCACGACCGCGCCUUCGCACUGCCAAACCGGCACUUACCACCCGCACCCUCAGUGCGAGAAGUUCUACGUGUGCGUGAACGGCCAGCUGGUGGCGCAGAGCUGCGCGCCCGGGCUGGUGUGGGGACCCAACGGCCAGUGCGACUUCCCGCGCAAGGACUCGUGCGGCGACCGCCGGAACAUGCACCCCGCCGCGCCCGUCUCCAUCUCCAUGCAGCUACAGGACCAGACAAAAAUAUGCGAAAGUGGUGAAUACGCCAAGGUUGAAGGAGUCUGCACUCGCUACAGACACUGUCUCUUUGGAAAGUUCCAGGAGUUCCCUUGCAGCGCUGGCCUUCAUUGGAAUGAGGAAAAACAAAUCUGCGAUUGGCCCAAGAGCGCGAAAUGCAAAAGCAAGAGUGGAAUGACAACAACACGGCCGAUGGUGGAAAUGCCUUCCAAACCCGCUAUUGACCACGAGCAUAUAGAUCACAUUGAACCGGCACGUCCAAUUGUUUCUACGCCCACUCCCACACAACCAGAAGUGCCUAGUAAACCAUCUCUUCUAAAAACUAAAUACAAGGUAGUCUGCUACUACACGAACUGGGCGUGGUACCGACCAGGCCUGGGCAAGUACGGGCCGGAAGAUAUCGACCCAACUCUAUGUACGCACAUCGUCUACGGUUUCGCUGUACUCGGCAGCGAUGGUCUCAUCACGGCGCAUGAUUCUUGGGCGGACUAUGAUAAUAGUUUAUACGAACGAGUGGUCGAGUACAAGCGCUACGGUGUCAAAGUUUCCUUGGCUCUGGGCGGCUGGAACGACUCCAAAGGAGACAAAUACUCGAAGCUAGUGAACGAUCCUAUAGCUCGAGCCCGCUUCGUCACGCACGCUGUGCAGUUCAUUGAGACGUACAACUUCGAUGGACUUGACUUAGACUGGGAAUAUCCUAAGUGUUGGCAGGUGGAUUGCUCAAAGGGUCCCGAUUCCGAUAAAGAAGGAUUUUCGGAUCUAGUCCGUGAGUUAUCGGCGGUAAUGAAACCUAAAGGCCUGCUUCUGUCAUCUGCUGUGUCCCCCAACAAGAAGGUCAUAGAUGAGGGCUACGACGUUCCUGUGCUGGCAAGAUACCUGGAUUGGAUCGCUGUGAUGACCUACGAUUAUCAUGGACAGUGGGAUAAGAAGACUGGACAUGUGGCGCCACUCUACUAUCAUCCUGAUGAUGAUACUACUUAUUUUAACGCUAAUUACACCAUCCACUAUUGGAUGUCCAAAGGCGCGCCAUCAAGGAAGCUCGUAAUGGGUAUUCCGAUGUACGGACAAACAUUCACGACCGGGGUCCAGUGGGACACGGAUCCAGACCUGCUUGGUAGGAAAGAUGCUACCGGGUUGAACGUACCCGCUGUUACAGGAGGUGAAGCGGGCGAAUACACUAGAGCCAAGGGUUUCUUGGCUUAUUAUGAGAUCUGUGACCGAAUUAGGAGUCAAGGAUGGAUAAUGGAAAAGGAUCCUUAUGGAAGAAUGGGCCCAUACGCUUACAAAGGCAAUCAGUGGGUUGGUUUUGAUGACAUGGAUAUUGUUAAGCAGAAAACGGAGUUUAUUAAGUCUUUGAAUCUUGGAGGCGGUAUGAUUUGGGCACUUGAUCUUGAUGACUUUAGAAACAGAUGUGGACAAGGAAAACACCCUUUGCUCAACACCAUCAAGAAAGGUUUACUGAAUCCUAAAAUAGAAUUGAAGCCCGUUCAUCCACAGCCGACCUAUCCAUCAACCACAAGCAGACCAUCAAUAGAUGACUACGAUGAUCUUGAUGACAUAGAAGUAAGGCCCGGUUAUAACAAACCGACCUGGACAACUACCGUACGUCCUAUGAGACCUACUUCACAAAUGAGCCCUAUUGUUCAAACUACAAAAAAACCUACAGUACCACAUGUUGAAGAAAGAUACAAAGUAGUCUGUUAUUACACCAAUUGGGCUUGGUACAGACCAGUACCAGGAAAAUAUACUCCGAGUGACAUCGAUCCUUCACUGUGCACUCAUGUUGUUUACGCAUUUGCUGUCCUCGACACUGACACAUUAGUUAUGAAACCACACGACACAUCUUUGGAUAUUGAAAACAAAUUCUAUGAAAAGGUAACUGCACUAAAGAGCCGAGGUGUGAGAGUCGUAAUUGGUCUAGGCGGCUGGAAUGAUUCUGCUGGCGACAAGUACUCGCGUCUAGUUAAUAACCCGUCGGCUAGAAAAAAGUUCGUUGUACACGCGAUAGACUUCCUCGAGCAGUUUGGCUUCGACGGACUGGACCUAGAUUGGGAGUAUCCUAAGUGCUGGCAAGUGGAAUGCGAAAAGGGACCCUAUUCCGACAAGCAAGGGUUUGCCAGCUUAGUAAAAGAGCUUCGCUCUGCUUUCGACCCCCGAGGACUUCUUUUAUCUACCGCCGUUUCUGGAAGCAAACGAGUCAUCGAUUAUGCAUACGAUGUGCCAACCUUGUCUAAAAACUUGGACUGGAUAGCACUCAUGACAUAUGACUACCACGGCCAAUGGGACAAGAAGACCGGUCACAUUGCGCCCAUGUAUGCUCGCGAAGACGACGAUGACUCUACUUUCAACGCAAACUUCACUGUCAACUACUGGAUCCAGAAAGGUGCAGCUCGACAGAAGCUAGUUCUGGGAGUGCCCAUGUACGGGCAGUCUUUCUCUCUCCUAGACAACUCUGCGAACGGCCUAAGCGCACCCGCAGACGCUGGCGGUGAGCCUGGAGAAGAGACUAGAGCCAGGGGCUUCUUAGCUUUCUACGAGAUAUGCGAACGCAUUAGAGUUUAUGGCUGGCGAGUGGUCAGAGACCCUGGUGGCCGCAUGGGUCCAUACGCAACGCGCGACGACCAGUGGGUGUCUUUCGACGACGAUUUCAUGGCGCGCCAUAAAGCGGAGUAUGCACGUGCAAUGGGACUCGGAGGAAAUAUGGUGUGGGCUCUAGACUUGGACGACUUCACGGGCCAGUACUGCGGCUGUGGCAAGAAUCCGCUGUUGAGCAGUAUAAACCACGUGCUGAGGGGCAAGGAGGCUCCACCACCUUGUGAACUUCAGGAAGUACCGGGUGCAACAGUACCGACAGCUGUCACAGAAGGCGCAAUAACCGAUACGUCCAGUGAAGCGGAGUCUGGUGAAUCUGCGCCAGCUAUUCCUGAAGUGUCCGACAUUCAGACAAGUGGCUAUCUCGAUGGCAGACCUUGCUCUGGAAUGAUGUUUAGAGGCGACGACACGAAUUGCAAUAAAUAUUACCUAUGUUUCAACGGAGUAUACAUGCAGCUUACUUGUCCGGAUGGUUUACUUUGGAAUGGAAAUCACUGCGAUGAACCACAUAAAUCCCGAUGCAGGACCAAAGCGAAUCUAAGAAUAACUGCUGGGGAAGGUACUGUCGUGGACUCGGAAGAAAAACCGAUUGUUGGGUGUUAUUUCACUGACUGGGCUUAUUACAGACGUGAAAAUGGAAGUUUUGGUCCGGAUCAAUUAGACGUUUCCAUGUGUACCCAUGUAAUUUAUGCCUGGGCCAAUCUUGACAAAAAGUCUUUUAAAUUGAUCCCUGGAAAUUCGGAACUAGACGUAGAAUAUGACUUCUACGGAAAAGUUACAAGUCUCCGGCAUACUGGAGUGAAGGUGAUCUUGGGCGUUGGUGGUCUCGAAGACUCAGAGGAAGAAAAGUGGCAUGAAAUGGCUUCAACCCCACAAAACAGAAAGAAGUUCAGCAGAUCUGUUUACAGAUUCUUGCGGAAAUGGAAUUUUGAUGGGUUGCAAAUUGCCUGGCAGUAUCCCGGUUGUAAUCAGGUCCCAUGCUCAUCUCAUAGACAACUCGCAGAGCGGGACAACUUCAGUUCAUUGCUGAUAGAGCUAUCGCAAAAGCUUCGGUUUUACGACAUGGAGUUAUCCGCCAUGGUCGCGGCAUCACCUGAAAUAGCUUCUACAGCUUAUGAUCACGCAGUGCUCAAAGAAAAUGUUGAUUGGCUAGCAAUCGCUGCUAAUGAUUACUACACUACUUCCAGUGGACGGACAGGGUAUUUGGUGCCUUUGGAGACAACGGAACAGUGGGACAAUAACUUCAACACAACUGUGGAAUACUGGUCUAGCGUAGUGCCAGGCAGACAGCUAGUGCUUGGAAUCCCAGCUUAUGCCAGGACGUAUUCGCUAAGAACAGUGACUAACCGCGAGGUAGGCGCUCCCGUGUUCGGCCCCGGCGCACCUGGACCCUUCACCGGAGUUCCAGGCUUUUUAGCUUAUCAUGAGCGCUGCGCCUUCAAACCAGAAGACUGGCAUGAAACUCGCACUCGAAAAGGCACAUAUGCCGUAUACGGAUCGCAAUGGGCGUCAUACCUGCUUCCGGAGGAAGUGCACCUGAUGACGUCACUGGGCAUGCGCGCGGGCCUGCGCGGCGCCGCGCUCUGGGCCAUGGACCUCGACGACUGGCGCGGCGCGUGCUCCUGCGUGCCGCGGCCACUCCUGACAGCUAUGAAGCAAGCCGUACAUGAACCCCUGUUAGCACCUUCCUUAUGUAUAUAGAAGUUUUUAAUAAUUUCCAAGAUUGGUGAUAAUUUUAGAGUAAACUCAGAAUGCAUUUUUACCGUAGUUCUUAGCGUUUUAGUAAUUGGAUUUCUUUGACACGAGAAAACAAGAACAGAAUGAAAUGUUUGUCCAUUGGUACUGCUAGAUAGCAUACGUUAUGAACUUAUGAAUAAUUUUUAAAUUAAGAAUCGUUAAUCAUAAACGUCUGUCAGACCUAACAUGCCGUCGAUUGUUUUCUUCUGUUAACGAUGAAUCCUUGCCGGGGACCCG